GGAAGUCUCACUGGUCCAGUCCGCGCACUGGUGCAGCCUGGGUAGCCGCAAUCCGUCAUGGCGUCCCGUGCCCUCUGUGUGUGUGUCCGAUCCGUGCUCCGGUCACUGCCCCGCCGUUCCCUGCCAGCUAUUAGCACGGCCACCUGCAGGCAGCGCUCCUCCCUGGCCAGGCCCUCCGCGGGCUUCCCUAUCCUUGCUCCUCAGGUUUCCAGUCCCUUAUUGCAGUUAUGUCGGCAGUACGCAGACCUUCCCCCACUCACGCUUGAAAGCAUUUCUGAAAGAGUUUCCUAUGUGUUAAAAUUGUACGAUAAGAUUGACCCUGAAAAGCUGUCUGCCAGCUCCCACUUUAUGAAAGACCUGGGUUUGGAUAGUUUGGACCAAGUUGAGAUAAUCAUGGCUAUGGAGGAUGAGUUUGGAUUUGAGAUUCCAGAUGCAGACGGAGAGAAGCUGAUGACACCACAGGAGAUUGUAGAUUACAUUGCAGAUAAAAAGGAUGUUUAUGAAUGAAAUACACGUCUCACUCUGUCUGCUCACUGAUCUCUUUCUCUGCAGGUAGCUGGGGUAGGCGCGAUAUUGACCGCGGCUGCAAUCGGCACUUCUUCCAGGAUCCUGUAUUUAAAUCUGUCUGAAUCUGUUGGCCUUUAAUAAAUGUAAAAAAAGUGUCGAA